AUGGUGUUGAUGAGGAAACGGAAGGCCCUUGUGGUCAAACCACACUAUCUAGCUGCUUCGCGAAAAAAUUCCAAACCACGAAAAUCCACUGAAAGUCUUAAAGUGAAUCUUACUGAAGGAGGUACAGAUGACUUUGAGGUCAAACAAUAUUUUCUAGCUGCCCCACGAGGUAUUUGUAAAUCGGUCAAAUCUAUUGACAAUCUUAGAUCGACUUUGGUUGAAGAAGAUACGGAGGACUACUCUCCAUUAUUGAUAGCAGUAAGAAAUGGUCAAAUUGAAGAAGUACAAAGAUUGGUCAGUCAAGGGGCCAAUGUGAAUCAGGGUAAUGCUGAAGGCAAGACGCCGUUGGUGAUUGCAGCAAUGAGCGGUAGAGUUGAGAUAUUGGUAUAUCUAAUCGGUCAAGGGGCUGAGGUGAAGAAAGAAGUCAACGAUGGUGAGACUGCAUUACACAUUGCUGUUAAGAAUGGUCAUCUUGAUGUCGUCAAAUAUUUGAUUAGUCAAGGAGGUGAGGUGAAUAGAGGAGAUAACGAUGGUUGGACUGCAUUACACAUUGCUGCUCAGAAUGGUCAUCUUGAUGUCGUCAAAUAUCUGAUUAGUCAAGGAGGUGAGGUGAAUAAAGGAGAUAACGACGAUUGGACUGCAUUACACAUUGCUGCUCAGAAUGGUCAUCUUGAUGUCGUCAAAUAUCUGAUUAGUCAAGGAGCUGCUGUGGAUAAAGGAGAUAACGACGGUUGGACUGCAUUACACAUUGCUGCUCAGAAUGGUCAUCUUGAUGUCGUCAAAUAUUUGAUCACUCAAGGAGAUGAGGUGAAUAAAGGAGGUAACGAUGGUCGGACUGCAUUACACAUUGCUGCUCAGAAUGGUCAUCUUGAUGUCGUCAAAUAUCUGAUUAGUCAAGGAGCUGCUGUGGAUAAAGGAGUUACCGAUGGUUGGACUGCAUUACACAUUGCUGCUCAGAAUGGUCAUCUUGAUGUCGUCAAAUAUUUGAUCACUCAAGGAGGUGAGGUGAAUAAAGGAGGUAACGAUGGUUGGACUGCAUUACACAUUGCUGCUCAGAAUGGUCAUCUUGAUGUCGUCACAUAUUUGAUCACUCAAGGAGGUGAGGUGAAUAAAGGAGAUGACGACGGUUGGACUGCAUUACACAGUGCUGCCAAGAAUGAUCAAAUUGAUGUCGUCAAAUAUCUUAUUAGUCAAGGAGGCGAGGUGAAUAAAGGGGAUAACAUUGGUGCGACUGCAUUGCACCUUGCUGCUCAAAAUAGUCAUCUUGAUGUCACCAAAUAUCUCAUUAGUCAAGGAGCUGCGGUGGAUACAGGAGAUAACGACGAUUGGACUGCAUUACACAUUGCUGCUCAGAAUGGUCAUCUUGAUGUCGUCAAAUAUCUGAUUAGUCAAGGAGCUGCGGUGGAUACAGGAGAUAAUGACGGUUGGACUGCAUUACACAUUGCUGCUCAGAAUGGUCAUCUUGAUGUCGUCAAAUAUUUGAUCACUCAAGGAGAUGAGGUGAAUAAAGGAGGUAACGAUGGUCGGACUGCAUUACACAUUGCUGCUCAGAAUGGUCAUCUUGAUGUCGUCAAAUAUCUGAUUAGUCAAGGAGGUGAGGUGAAUAAAGGAGAUAACGACGGUUGGACUGCAUUACACACUGCUACUCAGAAUGGUCAUCUUGAUAUCGUCAAAUAUCUGAUUACUCAAGGAGCUGCUGUGGAUAAAGGAGGUAACGAUGGUUGGACUGCAUUACACAUUGCUGCUCAGAAUGGUCAUCUUGAUGUCGUCAAAUAUCUGAUCAGUCAAGGAGGUGAGGUGAAUAAAGGAGGUAACGACGGUCGGACUGCAUUACGCAUUGCUGUUCAGAACGGACAUCCUGAUGUCGUCAAAUACUUGAUUAGUCAAGGAAGUGAGGUGAAUAAAGGAGAUGACGAAGGUUGGACUGCAUUACACACUGCUGCCCAGAAUGAUCAACUUGAUGUCGUCAAAUAUCUGAUUAGUCAAGGAGGUGAUGUGAAUAAAGGGUAUAACAUUGGUGUGACUGCAUUGCACCUUGCUGCUCAAAGUGGUCACCUUGAUGUCACCAAAUAUCUCAUUAGUCAAGGAGCUGCUGUGAAUAAAGGAGUUACCGAUGGUGGGACUGCAUUACACAUUGCUGCUCAGAAUGGUCAUCUUAACGUUGUCAAAUAUCUGAUUAGUAAGGGAGCUGCGGUGAAUACAGGAGAUAACGACGAUUGGACUGCAUUAAACAUUGCUGCCCAAAAUGACCAUCUUGAUGUUAUCAAAUUUCUCAUUAGUCAAGGAGCUGAGGUGAAUAAAGGAGGUAACGAUGGUGGGACUGCAUUACACAUUGCUGCUCAGAAUGGUCAUCUUAACGUUGUCAAAUAUCUGAUUGGUCAAGGAGGUAAGGUGAAUAUAGGUGAUAACGACGGUUGGACUGCAUUACACACUGCUACUCAGAAUGGUCAUCUUGAUAUCGUCAAAUAUCUGAUCAGACAAGGAGCCGAGGUGAACGCGAAAAAUGAAAACGGUUCGACUUCGUUGGACGUAGCUCUUUCAACAAAUCAUCUCGAUGUCAUUCAAGUUCUAAAGGCUGAAGGUGCAAAACGUCUCAACAUCGUUUCCAAUACCGAGGAUAUUCAUCUUGCUAUACAACAUGGUCAAACCACAGCCAUUGAGAGGUUAGUGUCUCAAGGAGCUGAUCUCAAUGUCCAGUCAGCUGACGGUCAGAUGUGUCUUCAUGAAGCCAUCAAACUCUGCUACAACACUGAGAGAAAUGUAGACGAAAGUGAUUCUCUAAGAAAGAUUUCAGACGUGUUUUACAGUGGAAGCUUAUCACCCGAGAAGGCUUUAGUAUUCUAUCUCCUUGACAAUGGAGCUAAGCCAAAUUUGGAAGAUAAGUCAGGAAAACUACCAAUCUUCUAUGCCAAGGAUGAAGUUGUUAAACAGAUAAUCUUAUCGAGAAUGGAUCCAUCUGAACUGGCCCGGUAUUAUCAAGGUAAAACCAUUAUAUGCAGGAAAUUUUUACAAUCUUAA